CGAUACGAUUUUCGGGGUUCGAGUUUAGAUUUCCAUUUCAUUGAGCAUGCCACAAUUACUGCGGGCAAUAGAUAAUUCCUUCUGGAAGCCAGGCAACUACAAAAAAACGACAAAACGUAUUCAAAAAGGCUAUGCGCUGUGUCAUGGCUUAGAGGGACUUAUCGACAAACGAGCUCAAAUUGAAAAAUCCUAUGCAUCAAGUCUGAGAUUAUGGUCGAAAAAGUGGCGUAACGUUGCUGAAUCCGAUAUAUCAUAUGGCACAACGGCAUCUUUACCGAAAAAUAUUGCCGAUGAAGGUGAACAAAUCGCUGAUAUUCACGCAAAAACAAAUCUUACCUUACGCUGCAACGAAUCGAAACGCAUUCGCAUCUUCCGGAAAGGGUUUUUUCAAAAACAACUAUUGAACUUGAAACUCUUUCAAGUUGAAGAGCGGAAGGAAAUGGAGCAACUGUUCGAACGCGCCCAAAAACCAUAUGUUAAGCAUUUGAAAAAGAUUGAAAAGGCAAAACGAAAUUAUUACCGUGCAUGUAAAGAUGCUGAGAUAGUGAUGAAUCAAGUGCGUUAUGCUCUGGCUGAAAAAUUAAUCCCACCGCAGGUUCGACGAAUGCAAGUGUUUAUGGAAGAAGCCGAUUAUAAAAUUUAUCGUCGCCGUUUAAAGUAUCAAGAUGCAUUGGACGAAUUGAUGCGCUACCAUCCGAAGUAUAUAAGAAAUAUGACAUCUGCGUUUCUCAAGUGCCAAGAAAUGGAAAAGGUCGAGUUACAGUUCUACAAAGCGCUUUUACACUCGCUGCAACGAACGCUUGACUUGUCACAAAACCCAAAUUUGGCACCAAUUUAUGAUGAAUUACAUCACGUCAUUGAACAAGUCGAUUAUGAAAAGGAUUUAAAGAUGUGGUCGACCAAUCAUGCGAUUGACACGAGUGCACCACAAUUCAUCGAAUAUGCACAAUAUGAGAAAAUUCAAACUCUCGAAAAAUUGGACAUUUUCGUCAUAGAACAACCUUCAACGGCAAUAACAAGCAAGUCUGAAAGUGAGAAGACCGAAAUGGAAAGCAAAAUGGAGACAGACGAAGGUGUAGAUGUUGUAGUAGACGAUCGUGAAAGAGAUACUCGAAUAGAAAAAAUCACACACGUGAGGGCUAUUGCCGAUGAAAUGACUUUUCAGGAAACUCAGCAAGGGACGGUAGAACCGGACAUUAUAUCGUUGAUGUCGAUAGAUGACACUUAUGAAGACUGUACUCAACACGACCAUAUGAUGUGGAGUGUACCAGAUCAAUGGGAUUCCAAAUCAAUUUUGUCAAUCGAAAAUCGUAUUUGAAUAAAGAAAUAUUAAUGAGAUAAUUUGAUUUAA